AAGCAGACUGCUUCUACAAACACUGUGAAAGAAUGGGUCGCUCUCAGGAGCUCAGUGAAUUCAAGUGUGGUACUGUGAUAGGUUGCCACCUGUGCAAUAAGUCCAUGCAUGAAAUUUCCUUGCUACUAAAUAUUCCACAGUCAACUGUUAGUGAUAUUAUAAUAAAGUGGAAGCAACUGGGAACACCAGCAACUCAGCCACCAAGUGAGUUGGGUCAGCGUAUGCUGAAGCGCACAGUGCGCAGAAGUCGCCAACUGUCUGCAGAGUCAAUACCUAAAGACCUCCAAACUUCAUGU